UUGUAUUUUGGUUUUGAUCAACGUAGUGUCAGAUACAUCAAAGGCGGGAAAUGAUCGUCGUCAGUGUUUAUUUUAUUCGAUGGAUUCAUUUGUCUCGUCUCUUUUAUAUUUCGUGUGUUUUUAUUAAAAAUGUCGUUAUGCUGUAGUUACGUUCCAGAUUAUUUUUCUAUAAACGAUAUUUUAGCAACGGAAGAACGUAUAUUAUGUACGAUUGACGUGACACUUCCUGGUUUAGGAUUUUUAGAUAUUUCUAAUAAUUCGGAUGAUUUAAAACAAGGAACAAAACUAGAAUUUCCUAUUUGGUUAACUCAUCCACUUAAUAUAAUACAAGGAUCACUCAUCAACAUAGAAUUACCAAAAGUAUAUAAAGAUAGUUAUAGAGAAAUUCUUCAAGCAGAUGCAUGCGCAGUAUCACUGAGCAAAUGGAAUCCUCAUUUUUAUGAAGUAGGAAUGUAUUUAAGAACCUUUAAUAUUCGGGAAAGUGAAAAAUUAACAGAGAAUUUGUUAGAGACCUUCAAAUGUCGAUUCAGAUUAAUCAUGGAUUGGGCACAGAAUCCUAUUUCAGAUCUGACAUUGGGUAGUCAGCUUCCUAGAUUAGAAAAAGAUUUGUUCUUAAUUAGUAGGAAAGCAAAGGUACAAUUAAACGAAUGGUUAAAAAAAGGUACUGGUAUUAUAGAAACAUCAGAAGUAGCUGCAAAUCUUAAGAAACGUAAACGUACUGAUUAUGAGUUAAAUUAAUUCUAACUAUUUAAAUAUAUAUAAUAUACAUAUAAUUGAUAGCCAAUAGAUUAUUAGCAAACAUAAUUGCAUGCAUAUUGCAUGUAUAAGGAUUUUAUUUUAGUAAAAUUAGAAGGAGACUAUUUUUUUUAAUAUCUUAUUAAUACUAGGAAAAUCAUUUAUUAAUAUUUUUAUAUUGAGAUUAUACAAUAACAGAUAUAUACAUAUCAAAAGAUACAUUAAAUCAGAAAGUGAAAAAUGAAAUAUUUGAAAAUUUGACGAAACAAAGAAUGUUCAAUAAUUUUUUUUAUUAUUUAGACAGGGAAUAGUGUAUAGUUCUAUUAUAUAGGAUUGAGAAGAAAUGAGGAGGCUGCUUAAUUUAAAAAUCACAUAUCCCUUUAUUUAAAGAUACAAAUGCUUAUAGUUAUUAAAUAACAAAUAAAAAUUUUAUUUACAUUUCUUGUACGAAAUCAGUCAACCAUUGAACUGUCAACAAUAUUGAAAAGACUCAGGCAAUGGAAAAUGGUAACGUCUAGUUCACAACCCAUAGCUAAGUAAUGUUAAUAUAUACCUUAAUCAUAUAUAAUAAAAUAUAUGAUUUAUAUUGAGUCAUAAAAUAACUUGCGUACCAUAUGGACAUACAUUUGUCAGACACAAUGAACAAAGCAUUUUUUAAUUCUAUAUUUGAAUCAUUAUGUCUUACAAAAGUCAACGUUCGUAAAAUCUUUUCGUACAAAAAUACAAAAUUUACUUAAUUUACUAUAGCAAUCUAAAACUAAUGGAUUUAUGUUUAUGAUUUAGGAGUACACGUUUCUAUAUUUUAUACGUUCAAGAAAUUAACAAUGUAGCAAUUGAAACACUUUCUAUACAAAAUGGACUAUGCGUUUUACAAAAUAAACUUAUAUGAUAUGAUAUUCUAUGGCAGUGGCGCGCAAACUAUGCAUUAAUGAAAUUUUCAUGAAUAUUACGUAUAAUAGCAAUAGUAAACUAAUUUUUUUUUUUUUUUUUUUUUUUUUUUUUUUUUUUUUUUUUUUUUUUUUUUUUUUUUUUAACCUUUAACAUACAAAUAAAAAUUAUACUAUCACUAUUCUUACAUAAACUAAUAUAAAAUGAAAUAAAUCAUAGUGAUGUCGCAAGUAUGAAUAAUUUGCGUACCACUGUACUAUGGCAUUGGAAAAAAAAAAAGUUAUCCCUCGUAUGAAUAUUUAAAUAACUGUACAAAAUCGAAAACAACAAGGAUAUUGUUUCGUAUAAUGUUUUAAUAUAGAAAUAUCACAUUGUAAUGUAGUAUUCAGAAUAUUAUUCCUCAUAUUUUUACUUUAUGGGAUUUUAUAACUUUAUCUGACAAACGCCUGCAUUUGAUGAAUCAUAUCUCUAUCGUAUAAUAAUGGAUUUAUUAAUUAUAUAAUUACUAUAGAUGAUAUAUAUAUAUACUAUUGCUUUCUAUCCGGCCAUUAUGUCAACAUAGACAUUAUUUUAAAAAUCACCUUAGAAAAACGCAUUGAUUUUCUUCAUAAAAUAUUGAUUAUUUUCAAUGAUAUCAUCGAAGAGACCAUUGUCAAUGAGAUUAUCAAUAUAUUUAUGAUCCGUCCAACAGUGCUACUAAUAUAAAUUGCAUUGUAAUGGCUUGUAUUGUAUUCAUUUUCAAAGAUAAAAACAUUUUGUUUAUAUCCUUUUAAUAUUUUUACUUAAUUUAUUUGACGUUUGUUUAAAUCUAACUUAAUCUAUCCUUAAUAUCGCUAAGUUUGGAAUGUGAUUUAUUUAAAUCAAUGAUUAUCAAGACUAACACGAGGUACAUGUUCUUAUAUAUAAAUAUCUCGUGAUAUUUAAAAGUUCAUUAUUAAGUGAUUUAUAAUUUAUGUGAAUUCAUAAGGAAAGAAAAAAAAAAUAGAAAAAAAAGAGAUGUAAAAUAGCAAAAAAAAAUUAAAGUAAUUAAUGAAAGAUUUCAAAUAAUUCGGCAAGCACGAAGCCAACGCAAUAUCGAAAUGAAUAUUAUUAUUUAUAUAUACAAUUCUAUUUAGUUAUAUAUGUAUCAAUUAUUUAGUUAUAUAUGAAUCAAUUAUUUUAUUCCAAGACUUUAAGUUUGUAGUUAGUCUUGUAGUUUUAACAAGUUAUGCUUGUGAUUCAAAAAUUUGAAAAAAAGAAAAAAAAAAAAGAAAAAAGAUUAGCUUACAAAAUCUCAAGAGAAAAUUAUUGAUUUUGAAAAUCACCACUGGCACUUUUUUUUGGAGCUAUAUAUAUAUAUAUAAAACCUUGAAGAAUCUUCUCUUACAUCUUAAACGACAUAAUUAAAUAAUUCUAUCAUAUCUUGACAUUUUUUAAUUUACAUACAUUGCUCGUAAGCUCAAAUGUCGGUUUUCAAUUCUCCCCGACUUUUCACCAAAAGGAAGAAAAAGAGAAAGAGAGAGAGAGAGAGAGAGAGAGAGAGAGAGAGAGAGAGAGA